UCUCUGGGUCCUGAACCUGACUCAUUCUGGAGGCUUCCAGACAGCCAGACCUUACAAGAUGACUUCAGAUGGAGCAUCUCCAUUGCCAGGACCGGACAUGACCAUGAAACCUGGUGCAACCCUGUCUUCUUUCUCUGCUAUUCCCUUAUCCCCACCGGGUUCUGACUGGCCAGACCAGCCAACGUGGGAGCCACCUCCAACGCAGCCCUCCAUGUCUUCAGCAUUCCCUCCCAGCAGCCCUCUGGUGUUGUCUACCUACCCCAGUCCGAUGCUGGUGACUGGGAGUGGGGGGCCUGGCCCCAGUGGUGUUGGAGGUGGCAAGGUCAUUGUCAAAGUCAAGACAGAAGGAGGACCAGCUGAACCCUCUCAAGCUCAGAACUUUAUCCUUACUCAGACAGCUCUCAACUGGAUUGCCUCUGGGACCUCUGACGGCCCUCCACCUCAAUAUGUGACAGCGACUAACGUGAAACCCUUUCCGCCACCUAAGGCUGCCCCAGGGAUAAGCCAGGAGAGCCUCCCAGCCUUUCCUCUUCAGGCUCUCCCGCCACCGGCUGCCCAACUGGCCCCCAUCGUUCCCCCAGAGAAGGCUUGGCCAGGGCCGCAUGGGGCAGUCGGGGAAGGAGGUCCUGAGGCAGCCCCAGCCAAGCCCUCGCUGGGUGACCUCGCCUACACCUCCAAGGGUGUCUAUGAGAACUUCCGUCGCUGGCAGCGCUAUAAAACCCUGGCCCAGAGGCAUGAGUCCCAAAGCCCAGAUGUGGAAGCCCUGUCCUGCUUUCUUAUCCCAGUGCUUCGUUCCCUGGCCCGGCUGAAGCCCACCAUGACCUUGGAGGAGGGACUGCCCAGAGCUGUACAGGAAUGGGAGCGCACCAGCAACUUUGACCGAAUGAUCUUCUAUGAGAUGGCAGAGAAGUUUAUGGAGUUUGAGUCGGAGGAAGAGAUACAGAUUCAGAACACACAGCUGAUGAAUGGGUCCCAGGGCUUGCCUCCUGCUGCCCCGGUGAAACUCAGUCCUCCGGGGCCCCAGCCGCCUGAGGUUUGCCAGCCACCAGUGUACAUCCCUAAGAAGGCAGCUUCUAAGGCAAGAGCUCCUCGCCGAAGGCAACGCAAAACCCAGAGGCCUCCUGCUACUCAGGCCCCCAAGGAGAUCCCACCAGAAGCGGUGAAAGAGUAUGCUGACAUCAUGGAAGGGCUGGCAGUGAGUCUCCUGGCUACCACAGAGCCCGAUGACAAACAGGAAGAAGAGCAGCCGCAGGAGGCCUGGCUAUAUCCAGAUCUGGGUUUGCUGAACUACAUGGAUGACCUGUGUUCUCAGGAGGACUUUGUCUCCAAGGUAGAGGCUGUCAUUCACCCCCGGUUUCUGGAAGAUUUGCUGUCUCCAGAGCAACAGAGGGAUCCUUUGGCCCUAAUAGAGGAGCUGGAGCAAGAGGAAGGACUCAGUCUGGCCGAGCUGGUUGAGAAGCGACUCUUGGCCUUGGAAGAGGACGAGGACACCGAGGCUCCUUUGACCUGCAGUGGAGCUCAGUCAGACUCCAGCCCUUCAAUCUCGGAUGAGGAUGAAGAGGGUGGCGGCCGGCUUCGGCUCUUGCCGGGGUCUCGGGUGGUUGGGGGCAGCAUUUGCCUUGGGAAGGCUGCUUCUCCAGGAAAACGGGUGAGAGACAUACACAAUGGGCAGGAGCAGGCGCUGGAUGGAAUGAGGUGGGUGCACAGGGAUGGGGUCACUCAGCCCCUGCCUCGAGGCUGGGACCUGCAGCUUCCACUUGCAGUUCCUCUGCCUCUGGGGACUGAGACUAGAGGAUCUGGAAAAGUCCCAGGUCACAUACCUCCACAUCAGGAUGACUCCCUGGGCAGGCCUAGGUCCCUGGAGCUUUCUCUGGUAGCUGGCCAGCCCUCCGAAGUGCUUCCCCUUUGCUGGCAGGAAGCCCCCCAGCUCGAGAUAGUUCCUGAUUUAGAUGUUGGACUCACCGAGCUGGCCCCUCUGCAAGGACAGUCGUUUGAGGAGCAGGGCCUGGGGUUGCAGACAGGACAGCAGAUGGGGGGCCUUGGUGAGCAUCCACUGGAGGAGCUGUCAGCGGCAGGGCAGGAAACUUCUUCAGGAGCCAUAUGGGGAGAGGACAGAGGCCCCCUUAUCGUCCAGAACUAUGAGAACUGCUCCCCCAGAGCAGCUGGGGACAGGGACUCUCUCAGUCCAGGAUUUUGGUUGAGCAGUGACAUGGUUGCUGUGGACUUGGAGUUGCCGUUCCAGAUUGAGGAGGUCACAGAGAACUUCCACACUGGGGACUGUGUAGCUGAGCCUCAGGGAGGCUCUGGGACUCCAGGCUCCAAGAGCAACAUUUCUCUGGCUUCGGGGGAAGCCACAGCGCCUGGAGAUGCAGGGGACAGCAUAGUUCCCUGCAGAGGUUCGGAUGUCACAGUGGCCGUAGAAGAGAGAAAUUACUAUAGCUUGCAAGGAGCCCCAAAGGCCUACAGCCCAGUCUCCCAGGAACAUGGAGAACCAAGUCCUGGGACUACACUGGCCCCCAGUGAGCUGUGGGCUGAAGAUUACGCCCCACUGCUAGAUAGCAGAAUCGCUUCCCCCGUACUGGGAGCUUCCAAAGAAACCUUCCUGCCUGCAUGUCAGGAUCAUCUCCUUAUACUGGGGACUCUGGAUGCCUCUUUUCCUGAGGCCAGUCACGAGGAUGGGAGCAGAGGUACUUCCAUUUUCCCUUUGCUGGAAACCACAGAGUACGCUAGUACACCAGACAUCGGAGAUGCCCAGGGCCUCCAGCUGGGGGUCUUCGAAGAUAUCUGCCCACCAGAUUUUGAUUCUCAUGACCCCCAAAGAAAGGGCAGGGAGGAUGCUGAUUUAUCCAAGUUUAGAGAUCUUGCCCCCUCUGCGGGAGAUCAAGAAUCACAUGCACACAAAAUCCUUAAAUCCAUGGCGUUCCCUCAAAGCCAUGGAAGCGUUUCUUCUGUAUGGGCAACAAGGGAUGGUGCCUUAGUACCCAGAGAAUCCUACUCUCCUGUUAGUGGCUCAGCAGUCAGGGCUGCUGCAAAGGAAGAGGACGAAGAGGAGGAGGAGGAGGAGGAAGAUGAGAGCCUCUCCAGUUUUGCUUACCUCUUGGCUUCUAAACUUAGCUUAUCUACGCCAGGACUUCCUCCCGGUCUGGCCUCAGGCCUGCCCCCUACAGGGCAGGGUUCCCAAAGUGUGUCUCACUCUCUCUCUGCUGAGGCAAGUAGUCUCAGCCAAGCUUCAAAUUCGGCCGCCAAUCCUGGGAUGCAAGCUUCAGUUGGAGGUUCAUCCCCAGUUGGAAAGAGACCUCACCUAGAAGGUGAACUUGGAGUCUCUGAGAAGCCCCUGGCUCUGGAGGUAGUUCGAUCCACACAACCCCGUAAAAGGCGGUGUGAUAGUUUUGCCUUGGGCAGAAGGAAAAAACGCCGCCGUAGCCAGUAGGAGCAGCAGGACCACCCUGUCCCUGAAGGUGGCCCCAGCAUAGAUUUCACUCCAACACCAACAGGGACUUGUGCUCAACUGUUAUUGUUUGUUUUUUUCAUGGUGAGUUAGGGGAGGGAAGUCACACUGGUUGGAGGUGGUUCUAUUAGUGGUAGGUGAAGGGAAAGUAACUCCAAAGAGCUGUAUGGAGAAAAUAAAAGUUGUUGCUACUGUU